GUAAAGGAAAAAACGAUUAACAGGUGAAUGCAGUGAGUACUUGUUGCAUAAAUGUGCAGUAUUUUAUAGGCUAGACAUGGCUUUGUUGAGGACUAGAGCGAUUCAGAUUUCACGUCUGCUACAAUAGUAGCAAGUGCAUUGGCCUCAUUUUUUGUUCAAAGCGAGCUCUGAAACAAUGCGAUUUAUUAUAUCGCGGUGGUCAGCUGAUAAGAUCUCGAAGAAAUAAAUGCAGCCGGUUCCAGAUCUGGCAAUUGUUGCUAGAGAGCUGCGUUUUGUCUUCACCUUUUGUUCCAGCAUCUUCAUCUCUGACCUUUGACGACGAUGUCCUCUCAAUUCGAAAAAGCUGUGGCGUACGUCCAAGGUUUGGACAAGACGGCAUCGGGGCCGGAUGCUACUGUCAAGUUGGAGUUUUAUAAAUUCUACAAGCAAGCUACUGUUGGAGAUGCAGAUCCGAGCAAGGAACCCAGUGUGUUCUCUUUUGUCGAGCGUGCUAAAUGGAAGGCUUGGGACAGCAUCAAGGGAAUGUCGAAGAAGGAUGCUGAGGAGAACUAUGUGAAACAGCUUAUCAAAUACCUCAAGGAGAAGCACGCUGAUGAGCCCAUCCUGAAAGAGUUGGAGGGAUAAACUAUGUGCUCGCUGUGGGACACGUGGAUAGUAGCAGGAUACUCGUGUAUUGUAAGAAGCAAUCGGACUGGAACUUGACCCGAACGUAUAGGAGCAUGAUGAUAUCAACAAGCCAUACCCAAAUGAGAUUGGAACGCCCAAGUCAGCAGCACGUUCUAAGCGAAGCGCUUUCUGAUAGGUGCCUUGAGUGGCUACCACAGGCUACCACAUGGG